CCCCGCACACUGGCUCUAUCUACUUUUUCUGGAGUGGAGAUGUGUGUGCGUCAGUCUCAUUUGUCGGAUUUUUUCAUUCAACAAUUUAGUAUUAAUUAAUGAACAUUGAGACGAAAUCCGAAAUAAUCAUGAAAAUUCAGUGAACGAAGGAGACAUCAACAGAAUUAUCACAAGUGAUACCAGCGGAGCUAUGAAUAACUCAAUUCUCUAAAAAAAACUCGUGACAAUGUUCCAGAACUCACCAUAAAAGUCAUUGAUCGAAUAGACAGACUUGCCAGAUUUUUAAUCAGUUUUUUCUAAUCAUCAGUCUCAUCCGUAAAGACUUUACCUAACGGUGGAUAAUAAAUUUUGAAUAAUCGUGGGUUGUUUCCACUGGUUGCUCAUAAGUGAAGUGAAAUUUUUUUCGGAGCGAAUUGGAGGACAGAUUUGUUUUUGUGGACCACACCGACGCAAUGUACCGCAGUACAACUGCAUGAAUAACCCAAAAAUCUUAUUCGUCGCAUUGUGAUGAUUUUUCAAUGUUUCAUUGAGCGUUGGAACGGUUUUUGUUGACAACCGAUUCCUUUUUAACCGGGUAAACAAUGACCGCCACGUUCGAUCAGUAUGACAAGUCCAGUUGGUACUUCGGGGCAAUGUCUAGGCAGGACGCCUCGGACGUGCUGAUGGGGGAGAAAGAGAGUGGUGUAUUCUUGGUGCGUGACAGUACCUCAAUUCACGGUGAUUUCGUACUCUGUGUGAGGGAGGAUAGCAAAGUCAGUCACUACAUUAUCAAUAAGAUGCAGCAGGGUGAUCACAUACGUUACAGAAUCGGAGAUCAGACGUUUUCAGAUAUUCCGAAUUUAUUGGCAUUCUACAAGAUUCAUUAUUUAGAUACAACACCACUUAUAAGGCCAGCACCCAAGAAAAUACAGAGAAUCAUGGCUAAAUAUGAUUUUGAGGGCAAUGAUCCGGAUGAUCUGCCUUUUAGAAAAGGUGAGAUUCUCACAGUCGUAACAAAAGACGAGGAACAGUGGUGGACGGCACGUAACAGCGUUGGUCAAACAGGCCUCGUACCAGUGCCAUAUGUACAAAAGUACGAAGAAGAUAAUCAUGGAAUUGAGAACAAUGUACGGCCAGACAGUACAAGCAGUGGCUCCAGUACAGCAUCGAAUUCACUCCCAUCAUCCACAACACCCUCGGUUAAUGCAGAUACAACGCAAGUAACAAUAACCCCAACAACAGUAACAGCCACAGCAACGCGUCGUUCAAAUAUUCAACGUAAAUUACCAGCAUUUGCAAAAGUUAAGCAGGCACGUGUGCCAAAUGCCUACGACAAAACAGCACUGAAACUUGAGGUUGGUGACAUGAUCAAGGUGACUAAAAUGAAUAUGAAUGGCCAGUGGGAGGGUGAAUUACACGGUAGAGUUGGACAUUUUCCAUUCACUCACGUUGAAUUUGUCGAUAAUGAAAUAACUACUGAGGAGAAUCAAGAGAUUUGAGGUUGAAGGAGAAUAAAGCAAGUAUAUAAAGCGAAAUGAAAAUGUUUGUUCUUUCGUUCUUCCAAUUUGUAAUGCAAUUACAUAAGAAAUCUUUUUUCGUGGUUGUUACCAAACAAAGUAUAAAGAAUUAUGUAUGAAAUAAUAUCUAACUCAAUGGAAUUUGCCAUUAGCAUCAACAUAUUUAGUACGAAGGAUUAUAUUUUAAUUAAUAGCACUCUGGUUUGGUGGAAUAGGAAGAUACGUUUAUUCAGUUUUGCGAACGUUUUGCGAAUAACUUGAGAACGAAGAAGUGGACGGGGUAAAUUGUAAUAUCAGACGUGGGGGGCUGGGACAUUUAUGAUUCUAAGUGGUACUUGAAGGCUUCUUUUCCUCCACAAGUACUUGAGAUAUUGAGAGAAUAUGUAGUUCAUAGAUCCGAUCAAUUAGCCCCUCAUGUAUAGAUAUUCCA